AAAGAAGCAAUGAAGCAAUCUUAAGUGGGACCCACCCAAUAAUCAGCGGGUCAAGCAAAUCCCAAAAACCCGCACCCGCUCCACAGAGCAACGCUCAAACCCUAGCAAAGCACCGGCGGUGGAGCUGUUGACAGUUUGCUUCUACUGUGGCAGCAACAAUGGCGGCAUAUGUAAGCAUGGGAGAAGCUCACCGGCGAAUCACUGAGUACCUGAAUCGAUUCUCAGACGCCGUGUCGUAUCAAGACGGGAAAACUCUCAGCCGCCUGGUAUCGGUGUCCUCUGACGCCGCCGUCCUUGUCUCUCUCGCCGAAGCACUCAACACAUUCCAGGAUGCUAAUAGACUUUUUAGGCAAUCUGAGAAAUACUCCCAGUAUGCGGACAUUCUACUUCCUAUGUUUCGUGCCUUGCAGAGUUAUCGGCUAAGAAAUUUAGUUGAGUCUUACCUGGCCUUUGAAAAAGCAUCCAAUGCUUUUCUUCAGGAAUUUCGAAAUUGGGAAUCUGCUUGGGCUUUGGAAGCAUUGUAUGUGAUUGCAUAUGAAAUUAGGAUUCUUGCUGAGAAGGCUGAUAUAGAGUUGGCUUCAAUAGGGAAAACCCCAGAAAAAUUGAAAGGCGCCGGUUCUUUCCUCAUGAAAGUAUUUGGGGUUCUUGCUGGGAAAGGACCAAAACGUGUGGGAGCUUUAUAUGUGACAUGCCAACUUUUUAAAGUUUAUUUCAAGCUGGGGACUGUUCACCUAUGUCGCAGUGUAAUAAGAAGUAUUGAAACUGCCAGGAUUUUUGACUUUGAGGAGUUCCCCGUCAGGGAUAAAGUCACUUACAUGUAUUACACUGGUCGUUUGGAGGUGUACAAUGAAAACUUUCCAGCUGCAGACCAUAAACUAUCAUAUGCUUUGACACAUUGCAAUGCACAGAAAGAAGCAAACAUAAGGAUGAUUUUGAAAUAUUUAAUACCUGUGAAACUCUCCAUAGGCAUCUUACCCAGACAAUUGCUUCUUGACAAGUUUGACCUAAAUGAGUACAGUGAUGUAGUGCUUGCUCUGAAAAGAGGUGAUCUUCGUCUUCUAAGACAUGCACUUCAGGAACACGAGGACAGGUUCUUAAGGGCAGGUGUGUACCUUGUUUUAGAGAAGUUAGAACUCCAAGUUUACCAGCGAUUAGUUAAGAAGAUUUAUAUAAUGCAAAAGCAGAAGGAUCCGAAUAAAGCCCACCAGAUCAAGUUGGAUGUUAUUGUUAAAGCACUGAAAUGGCUUGAGAUCGACAUGGAUCUCGAUGAGGUGGAGUGCAUAAUGUCCAUUCUUAUUUACAGGAAUCUAAUGAAAGGCUACUUCGCUCACAAGAGCAAAGUAGUGGUUCUAAGCAAACAAGAUCCUUUCCCUAAACUAAACGGCAAACCCGUCAACUCAUAGAGACAGAAUCUGGUUAUACCAGCAUUUGCUGGUUGUAUUCUAGUCAAUGUAGCAACCUCGUCCAAGCACCCUCGGUAUCUUAUACGAAGGAAUGUAGAUGAUAUAACUGUAUAACGGACCAUUGACCAUUGUAGUUUACUGCAUUAUCGCAGCCACUAUUUUGUACUUCGAAUUUCUCUACUUUUCACACGUGUUUUCUUGGUUGAUGAAAAUAUGAAGGAAUAAGCAACAGGCAGGCACCAAGGAAGAUCCGUUUUUGGUGGCUUCUGCCUAACACAAAGAUGAAGUUUCCUUGGUCGAGUUAUAAAGUUGUGUUGUUUCCCAAAGGCCACCUAAACAUUUUGCAGACUAAUACGCGGAGUGCCAUAAAUUGGGCCAAUCCGGGACUUGGAGGAGGAUAAUUCAAAGGAAUGGUAGUUGAAGAAAUGUCUUCAAUUAUAUAUAUACAAUAGCUGUUGUGGUAUGACAUC